AUGCCGCUUACUUCCAUUCAGGAGGUUGAAAUUUUCGAUGUUUGGGGUAUCGAUUUCAUGGGGCCAUUCCUGUAUCUUUUGGAAAUCACUUUACCUACCAAUGAUGGAAAAGUGGUCCUGAAUUUCCUGAAAAAGCUGAUCAACACAUUUGGAGUACCACGUGCUAUUAUCAGUGAUGGGGGUUCGCACUUCUGUAAUAGACAGUUUGAUGCUUUAAUGAAGAAAUACAAUGUCUACCACAGAGUGGAAACUCCUUAUCAUCCACAGACAAGCGGACAAGUUAAAGUAUCCAAUAGAGAGCUGAAAAUGAUUUUAGAGAAAACAGUCAAUAACACGCGCAAAGAUUGGUCUCUGAAGCUGGACGAUGCACUUUGGGCAUAUCGAACAGCCUUCAAAACACCAAUUGCCUAUGAGAAUGCAAAACUCUACAAGGAAAAGACUAAGAAGUGGCACGAUGCUCACAUUGUGCCUAAGCAGUUUACAGCAGGCAGUUAUGUGCUACUGUAUAAUUCUCGCUUACGUCUGUUCCCUGGAAAGCUUAAAUCAAGAUGGAGUGGACCAUUCAAAGUACGACAUAUAGCUGAUCACAGAGCAAUUGAGCUGGAAAAUGACAAUGGUGAGUCUUUCAAAGUUAAUGGACAAAGAUGCAAACCAUACUUAGGACCGUUAACUGAUGAAGGACGAGAGUGUUUUACUCUCACCGCCCCAGCUUGA